AUGAAUCCCGGUCACCGAUGGUCAAUUACACCUUUCCUUCACUUCGCUUCGCUUCUAAAGUUGGGUGAUUGGAAGGGCAAGAGAAGACCCCUGCAUCUUACCUGUGGUACAAGGGACCAAGACGACCAAGGUCAUGCUAUCAGCCAUAAAGCUAAGAGGGAGGAGGAUCACAAGAUUGAGUUUGAGUCUGGUGCUGGGAUCCCUGCUAUUUUCUUACUCGUGAAAAGGAACUCUUUCUUGGUAACUUGGACAAUCGAGUUUAGCUCAGUCCCGCAUAUCGCGUUGAGGAAACUCCCCUCCAAAGAUCGGGAGCACUCGUGGCACACUGACUAUAUCCGUUCGAUAAGAAAGCAGAGUUCCUAUUCACCGCUACCCCUGAAAAGAGAUUCGCUCGUUGUCGUCUAUCCCAUUGCUCUUAUUACAGUGGUUGACAGUGGCUUAUGUAAGUCUUGCCCCUGGGCUCCGGUGGGAUUCUUCAAGACAGGUGCCACAUUCAUGGAGGACGACACAUUAGGGGAUAAGCACAGCACGGAUGGAUCUCAAAAUAUGAGUCUUCGAGUAGGAGAUUCUAGUUCACAGCAAGAUGCGGGCACUCCCGUUAGUCCCAUAGCAAGAAGCGGUCAGGAUGCAGAGACAGAGAGUCAGGACCCCUAUGCUGUACUUCGCCCCAAUGAGAGACCACCACCUGUACUAUACCAAGGUAUAGGGCCUUGUAGUCGACCGGUGCGAGCACGACCGCUAUUGCAGCGAGUACUCUAUCACGAGUACACUAAGAAGAGAGAAACUACGAGCAGAAAGAAUCUUUUGACAUACACAGUCAUGGAAGAUGAAAGUCAUGAAAAUAGGGGUUUGGAGACAGCCCAUGCGAGAGCCAGGAACGGUAAAAUAAGAACUGGAAUAUUGAAAAUAGGAUUAGCAGCGGCCAUCUAUCGAGCAGACAAAAAAUAUGAGAACGUGUUCACAGCCCCCUUUAACCUAACCAGAGGCGCCAACUGGUCGAAGAAGCUAACCAAAGAUGGAUCGGUUUUAAGAGCCUCUGAUUUAUGUGGUUACCAAUGGCAAAUAUACGCCUCUUCCCAGAUCCCUCAAGGGAACAGUCUUCCAGUGAUAGGUGGAAGACCUAAGUCGUCUGGCGAGGGAAGUCCCUGGAGGGCUUGUGACGCGAAGAUGCAAAUAAAGAAUGAUAUUCUGGUUAUCAGAGAGAGUGGAAAGGCUUUUUGGGCAGAUUCUAUGUGGCGUAAAUAUGUGAAGGGUGCUCACCCUAUGCAUGUGCCAUAUGUUUAUGGAUCGGCUACAUGGAGAAGACUGGUAGUGAAAUUCAAAGGAUCGCUGCCGGAUCCCUAG